AUGACUUUUUGGUUCUGGAUGGGACCAAUAAGUAUUAUGUUGGCCAAUUUCUUUUUGGACAACUGGGUUAGAGAAGAAGUUGUUAAUUUGGUUGACUGUUCUGUUACUGCAUAUGGUUUUACUGUUUUUAUGAUUCUUACAUGGCCAUCAUCGGCAAAUGUUAACUUCCCCUAUCAUGUGCGUACUUCGCAAGUCGGCGAUUCCAGUUGUCCGGCUGAUGAAGCCAAUUAUCCCCAGAAUGCUUACGAGGUCUCAGUUUCAAAAUUAUUUUAA